AUGCCUGGAUGGAGGUCUCAGUGGCGUCUCGUCCUGCUGAACUCCCUGACCUGUGGCCUGGAGAUCUGCGUGGCAGCUGGGAUCACAUACGUGCCGCCACUGCUGCUGGAGGCUGGGGUGGAGGAGCGCUACAUGACCAUGGUGUUAGGUAUUGGUCCAGUGCUGGGCCUCCUGUUCAUCCCUCUAAUUGGCUCAGCCAGUGACCACUGCAACAGCAGUUAUGGCCGACGGCGGCCUUUCAUCUGGCUGCUGUCCCUCGGUGUCCUUUUGGCACUCUUCAUCAUCCCGCACGCUGACGUCCUGGCCGCUCGCCUCGCCUGGGGAGGACGCACACUCCAGGUGGGCUUCCUCAUUUUUGGUGUUGGGCUACUGGAUUUUUGUGGCCAGGUGUGCUUUACUCCAUUGGAGGCGCUGUUGUCUGACCUGUACCGUGACGAGGAAGACUGCAGCCAGGCCUUUGCCAUGUUCUCCUUCAUGGUCAGUCUGGGAGGCUGCGUGGGCUACCUGCUGCCUGCGCUGGACUGGAGCCGUGGCCUGCUCUCUGUGUACCUGGGAGGUCAGGCCGAGUGCCUCUUCUCCCUCCUCAUCCUCAUCUUCAUCUCCACUGUGCUCAUCACCAUGAAGGUGUCUGAGGAGCCGUCUUGCACCAGCAGCAGCGUGGCAGGACCAGGAGCUUUACUGGAGUCAGGGGUUGGCUCACUGGAGGCCGGGCAGUGUGGGGUACCCCGCUCCUGCUGCUACCUGCUGAAGUGCAAGCUGAGGCUGCUGAAGUCCGGACCCCUGCUGUGCUUGCUGAGAACAUGCUGGUCCAUGACCCCGGCCAUCUAUAGGAGCUACUGCCACGUCCCCAGGGUGAUGAGGCAGCUCUGUGUGGCCCAGCUCUGCAGCUGGAUGGCUGUCAUGUCCUUCAUGCUCUUCUACACAGACUUUGUGGGCGAGGGUCUUUACGAGGGCGUGCCCAGUGCAUCACCAGGAAGUGUUUCCAGGCAGAGAUAUGAUGAAGGCAUCCGGAUGGGCAGUCUGGGCCUGUUCCUGCAGUGUGCUACCUCAACCUUCUUCUCCCUGGUUAUGAGUCGACUGGUUCGCCAUUUUGGCUCACGGUGGGUCUACCUGAGCAGCAUGGUGAGCUUCACGGUCUCUGCUCUGGUCAUCUGCAUGUCCAAGAGCGUGGUCCUGGUCACUCUGAUGUCAGCGCUCACAGGCUACGCCUACGCCACCCUGCAGACGCUGCCCUACACUCUCACCUGCCACUACCACAAGGAGAAAGAGAUCUACAUGCCAAAAAGGAAAACCAAAAGCAUGCAUAAAAAUGGUAUGGCAAUCAAGCGGGAUUCAAUGCAUUUGAUGGCAAUGGAGGAGGAGGGCGGACUGAGCCACAAAGUGGGGGGCACCAACGGGCAUGCUUACUUCAGCCAGGACAGUUCAGAGUACUACCACAGCCCACACAGCCAAAACGGUUCAUCUCACAGCUCUGUUGGUGCCGAGCAGGACAAGAUGGACACGGGGUAUGAGAAACGUGGCGUGGGCCUGGACUUUGCCAUCUUAGACAGCACCUUCCUCCUGUCUCAGGUCUUCCCCACCCUCUUCAUGGGCAUGAUCGUUCAAUUCGCACAGUCCGUCACUGCUUAUAUCGCCUGCUCUGCCAUCUUCGGUGCUGUUGCCAUCUACUUGGCUAGUCACAUUGUCUUUGAGCAAAAGGACCUCAAGAGCUGAGAGGUGGAUAUGAAAGAUGUGGGAGUGAUGGAAUCACAAAACUGGAAUUCAGUCAUUCUGUUUCCAUGGAUGAAGCUCAACUCACAGUGCACUACUGUUCCCAGAAUGCCUUGCUCUAGUGUACGGUUUGUUUUUGUGGAAGCGCUGGCUUGAGGAAGCAAGCGUCUGCAUGUCUCGCCAUCAUGAGUGACAGGAAAUGAGAGAAAAUGGCUGCCCAAGGAAACAUAUUGCACCCCAGUCAUGUUACCAGCCUGUCAGUUACUUUGUUUAGCAACGGCUGAACAGUCACCUCUAUGGGUUCAAGUCAUCAUACCGAAUCCCAUUGAAAUCUGUAGAAAUUAUUCUAAAGACUUCUGUUACCUUGUUUUUUUUCAGUUACCUUCAUGACCUCUUUCUUCGGCCAUCCUCCUUUUCCUCAGGUACAACCAAACAGAUUUACUGUAGAACUCAACUCAUCAGCCUCUGACACACAGCUGCUCACCUCUUUAUUGUUUUAUCCUCUGCUACCCCAUGUAUUUAUCAAGCACAGUUUGGUCUGUACUUGAAACAGCAUCUCAAAUAUUUCAACAGUGUGAGCCGUGUGCACAGGAUAGUGUCUGCAUAUCAUGGCGAGUAGUACUGACUUGUGCAGGCUGGGCUGCAGCAUUGUGAAGAACCUAAUCUGGAGAACAGCCACCUCUAAAUGAGACAGGCCUGCCAUUCUUUCACUGCUGUGAAAGUGGAGGGACAAUUUUUUUAAGUAAUUUUUUCUUGCAGCAAGAUUGCACUUGGCUCAAAAAUAGAAUGGAUAGACAAAUGCAUUUCUUCUGCUCAUACAUAAAAUAGUAUCACAUAACUGAGAAUUACAAGUGGGACCAUUGGACUUGUCUGUUGAAGAAGAAAACACUGAAAAAAAAAUCAAUUUUUGUAUCAACUUGGCCCUGUUUUUUUUUUUUUGUUUGUUUGUUUCUCCUGUUGAAUUAACGAUUUUACUGUAAAUAUUUUGUAUACAUAUUUACUGGAUAUCCCUAUGGGAAUUUUGUUAUGCAACCUGUUGAGGUGAGGUUAUCAACUGUGUAUCUGUGGUGGAUUCAGAAUGAAGUUGUUUACUGAAACUGGAAUGUUUAGUCAAACAUCCUUUGUAAUGAGACUGGAUAGAGUCAAGAGUAGAGCCAACCUACUGCAGCAAGAGGAGGAGGACAUGGUGAGACUGAAGUGCCAAAGAAACACACUGAAACUCAGCUUAAGUUAAAAAGGUUACAAACAGUUACUGAAAGGAAACAAAAACUGAACAUCAUGGGAAAUGGCUGUAGUUCCUGUUUGACAGUUUUGAUGUCACGCUGUGUAAAGAAAAGUACAUGUUAUUUGGGGGGAAAAAAUGGCAUUUUCUGUUGCUGCAUGAUCGAUGGAACGUCAGUCUUAAUCUUGUAUCCAUGAAGAUGCGUAGAUUUGGCCAUACUCUUGUGUAUCUUGGAUUAUUCAUCCUGUCCAACUGUGGAUCUGAUCAGGACAGUCGUCUCAGGUUAGUUGCCUUUUUUUUUUUUUUUUUUUUUUUUUUUUUUUAGUGCCCCUUUUCAUCUUUAUACCACUGAUAAAACACUUGACCUUCUGCCGAAUCCCUCAUGUUUUACUGUAUUCUCCAAUGACAAUCUAGGAAAUCCAGGUGGGGUCUGUUACUCAAUGAACCAUAAACAUGUCGGCUCAGAUGUGGUGGAAGCCCCACUUUCUAACACCCAGUUGUCAAAGACCAAAAACGUCACACAGCACAGAGAAACACUUGGUUACUGAAAAUGAUUUAAAACUAAUUAUGGUAUACUGUUGGGCUGAAACCCAGGCCUGACUUGUUGCUGAGGUGUGUGUAUGUGUGUGCGCGUACCUACGUACAGGUGGGAAGGCCAGCGGGAGAGGAUGAGUAAUAUAUUAAGUGUGAGGCUAAUGAAGAGAGUGAUUUGACAUGUUUGCAGUUUUUUUUUUUUUCCACAUUUAUAACUGAACUGCAAAUUUCCUUUACCCCAUAUUAUGUUGUGUAUUUAAACAUAUUGUGGCCUUCAGUUGUGCUUGUCAUAUCUGGUGAGUGGAGGUUAAAAAAAUGCUUUUAUUACAAUCAGUAACUUACAUUUUUGCAUUUUGUAUAUAAGCUGUCUGCGACUGCUCAAGGAGUGAUGAGUUUGUUUUUGUUUCUAUGGGCCUGAAGGAUUUUCGGUCAAAGCUGCACUCAGUGUCGCAGGAAUAAAAACAGCAGAGGAUUUGUUUGCCAUGUUGACAGUACAGCAGAGUAUAAGACUCAAAUAUACAGUAGAAUGAACAUUUUCACCCCAGAAUGCACAGGAAUGUGUUGUUUCUAACUUACUGUAGGCUAAAACGUGAUGUAACAGUAGCAGACUGUCAGAAAAGGUUCACUUUUUCAAGUGCCUCUACACAUUUCAACAUUUUUUGUACAUAUGUAUUUAUUUAUUAUGGUUUUGUUUAAAAAAAAAUAAGAAGAAAGAAAAAGAAAAAACAUCACAUAUUAAACUAUUGGCCUUUCUGGCAUCUUUCAUAGGUGCAAGGGCAAAGGGUAUUUCUGUGAAAAAGAUAAGUUAUUUGUAUAGAUGUGGUAUAAAAGCAUCCUCAAAGCUAUAAUUUAUUUUAAUAUUGCCCACCUUUUACUGUAGCUUUGAUAACAUCGCAGAGCCUAUUGCUGUCGCCUGCUGUCAAUAAGUUUAACAUCAGUUGCAAAUGAUAAUAUUGUUUUUUGUGCUCCAAGUUAUCAGCGAUUCAACCCAUCAUUACCCUUGUAUCCUGUAUCAGCUCAAAUUUCACCUCCCAUAAUUGCUACUAUGUGUUUUGUUGAGUUGCUUUGUCAUGUGAUAAUUUUAUAUUAGUGCUGCUAGUGCAACAGGCAGAGGCUGCCAUUUUUGUCAGUACUGCUUUAUCUGGGUCAUAUAUAACCACUCUUUUCUUCUUUUCAAAGCUCUGUUGUAUUUUGCUAAUUUUACUGUCAAGCAUUAAUUAAGGGUCUUAUUUAAGUAGGUGGGCGAAGUUGUUUGCAAUCCCACACCUCAAGCAGCUGUCCUGUUUGAUUUCAAGAUGGCGAAGUGCCAACGGUCAAAUCAUAUCAAGGCCGGAAAAUGUUUUGUUCUGAGGUGAGAUUCAUUGAUCAGGGAUAUUUUCAUAUUUGUCACAGUUGUUGCCACAGGACUUCAGUUUCCCGCCUACCUGAUGUCUCAUUGUCAUGAAUGAAAUCACCCAUUACAGAAAGUUGUACUUUGUUUUGAUUGUACAUCAUUUGGAUUGUGUCUAAAUAUGCAGUUACCAAAUAGAUUUUAUACAAAAUAAAAGAACUGCAUUAUAAA